UGUUCAGUUGAAAUUCUCCUGCACAGCCACCAGCACCAGAAGGAAUUUCGCUGUACGUUGCAGCGUCAAUUAUUAUCUUACCUUCGCCUCAUAUGCCAUGGAGGAGCAAGUCAGUGAGUCUUGGCUAAAGUGUUGCAUGUAUUUGUUCCAAUAUUAUUUGUCGAGUUAAUUCCUUGAUAACACUAUCAGUCUCCAUCCACUUGUUCACUAUCACCAGUACCAGCAGGCAAUUUUUAUAAAAAGGGGAGGGAGGACGUUAUCGCACUUGAGCAGCAAAUGUCCAAGCCCUAAAUAUGUACACCACCACUCAGCGUUAUUAAUGACGACAGUAUUGUUUUGGACACCAACGCAACAGGCAGUAAAAAAGCGAUAAAAUGAAGUAUGAGCCACGUUGGCUUUAAAUUUGAAAACAUUUCGUGUUUAUUUGUCUUAUCUGAAUAGUUUUGACUAGUUUUGAGUUAUGCAUUUGGUGAAUUAGUGAACUUUAAACCCUUCCACUCAUUGACUUGAUCACUGCAUUUUCCGGAAAGUCAUUUGACACGAGUGAUAUCUUGGACCGUAUGCGUAAUAAUGAAUGCUGAAGUGUAUGUACUCUGACUUACAUGCAACGAACGUCCAAGAAUUGUUUGCUUUAAGGAAAACUAUUUAAUUGGAAAAUAUCUAACGAUUGUGCUCAGCUUCUUUUGUGCAUAGUUAACAAAACCAUUGGAUUUAGUUCUUCAUUUUUUAAUAACUUGCAUUUCGUGACACAUUCGUUAAAACUCUCAAUUUGCAUUCGCAUCAGGUAGAGUAAAACCUUUGUGCAAGUGCAAGUGUACCUGACCAUGAACAUGAUAAGCUAAACAAACGAUACGGUGAAUCGGAUCACAUCACGCGGUCUUCGUAAGAGUGCUGUCACACAGAUUAGACUUACACAUGUCGAUAUGUUGUCAUUUAAAUGGGUUCAGUAACGUUGGAUUAUAUGGCAGAAGAUCUAUCUUGAAACCAUCGUGAGACUUAUAUUUAAAUCGCUGGUAAAUUUGGCGUUCCUUAAAAAUCAACAGUCCAAACUGUCGGGACACGUGCGUGGCGGUUGUCUGCCCACGACUCGUCUAUUUUGGAAGAAGUACGGCCGUGGUCGACGGUCGUCUUCGACCACCCCCACCGCCACGAUGGGUCAGGGGUCCAGUUCCUCUUCCCUCCCAAAGUUCACCGUCGCCAGGAGAAGCUCGUCCAUUGUUCCCCAAAAUAAUCCCUCCUUCGUCGACUCCAACCCAGAUCCUGAUCAUUCAAAUAAUAACGAGUCCAUCACGAAUAUGCCGAAUGGAAUAAAAGACAACUCGCAGCCCUUAAGCAGCUUGAAGAGUAAAUCAUACGCGAAUUAUCAAAGAUCCACUGCCUCCCUUAGUAAAAUCUUUACCAAGAAAAAAUGGAAGAAAAGACGAGGCUCGAUCAGCGCAUCGUUCAACAUGCACAACAGUGACAUUAGGGUGGAGCUUAUAAAUGUGAACACCACAACGGAAGAGGAGUUAAUGACUCUGCAUGGUGUCAAUCGACAGUUGGCACAGAACAUAAUAAAUCAUCGUGAACUCAUUGGUGGUUUCCGGAAGAUCGAAGAUUUAGCGUUAGUCUCGGGCAUGGGAGCUAGCAAACUGAAUCAAAUCCGUCCUGAAAUCUGCAUUUCUAGAAGGCGGCCAGGACUGAGCCUGGCGUCUUCCAAAGCUCCGUCGAUGGAAAGCUUACCCAACAGCGUCAUGAUCGAACUAAACAGACCAGCCUCAAAUCUGUCGAGAACCAUGAAACUGAUAAAUGUUAACCAGGCCACCAUUUUUGACCUAAUGACAGUUGAUGUUAUUAACCAAGCCAUCGCAGCACGAAUCAUUGAAUACCGGGAUAGGAAAGGCCCCUUCAGAUGUGUGGACGAUUUGCGUCGUGUUGGUAUAAACAGAAGACUUUUGGCAGCAAUUAAGAUUCAUUUAACCAUUGAGGAAAUUGAGUCAGAUAAAAGCUCAACAGUUUCAAGUACGCCCACCCGACCCCCUCGACACAUCCCCAAAGGAGGAGUUUCCACUGUGACAUCAAACACAAUUCAACCCAUCAGUGCCUCAGUUCAAUUGGAGGACGAGCUCAAAGGUGUAUAUGACCUGCUGUCCUUAAAGACUAAGCGACCUGACCCCCCAAAAUUGUUCAAUUAUUAUUACAAAAGUUGCCCAGCGUACCGAGUUGCAUCUUGGAAUAUGGAGACCAUGACACUGGACAAGAUAAGUAAUCCCGGAGUUAUGGAGGUAGUUACGCGGACCAUCUUGGAAAAUAGGUUUUCCGUCUUGGCAGUUCAAGAGAUAUGUGACAAAGGAGUUCUAGACAAGAUUUGCCAAGAACUAAACGAACCAACUCUACGGUUAAACUCUGAAUGGACCGGAUAUCGAGGCAAUUGGAGAUUCGUACUUCAUCCGUCUCCUAUGCACAUAAAUAAUAACGAUUACUCUUUGGGUGUAUUAUACGAUUCAUUGCGGAUUGACAGCGUUGAACUGCCGAGAAAUGAAUUUGAACCGAUACAAAACGGGAGUUUAUGGCAGUACGCCCUCUUUCAGAUUCAUUCUUACUCUAAAACUUGGGUUCUUGUAAACGUUCUGUCCAUCCCACUUGCAUCUACUUGGAAGUCAUUUGGAAGUAACUCUUCAGGACACUCUGUCUUUGACCAGAAGGAGAUUACGGAGAGUGUGAAAUCUUUGGUCACAGAGACUGAAGGAGCUAUGAUUUUAGGAUAUUUUAGUGCUAAACAAGCUCAAAAAGGACUCUGUGAUAUAACAGACUUGGAAAUGAUCUUACCUGCUGCGGACAAUUCAGACACUUCAAACGAACUUCCUUGUACCUUGUGGACAACAACAGGUCUCAAGCAGUACUUGACGGACGACCAUGGACUUGUUGAAGAUGGAUUAUCACACUUGGCUAUCCCAAAUGGCUGGAGUUUGGGAGGAAAAAUUAGCAAAUUUGGUCCACUUUGGUGCACAAUUUGUGGAUCGUUGGACCCUAAAAUUGUAAAUGAUGAAGAGGAAGAAGAUGAAAAAGAACUAUCAAGAUGAGACUUGUCUAUAAAAUACCUCACCACCUUAACUUGCCGUCGUCAGACAGACGCAUUAUAAUUAUGUACCUUUACCCAAAUCAAUUUACAGUUUGCCACUUUUUUUAGUAUUGCAGUUUGCACAGUUAUUAAUUAAUUUUAUCGCCAAAAUUUGUUUCCUACAAAUAAAUCCCUUAUGAUGUCUAAUCAAUCGCCAUACUUAACACAGGAUAACCCUGAAAGUGAUAAAUUUCCCAUUAGCACUAGAACACAUACAUAGAGUACCGAAUAAACGGCAGUGUUUACUUGUGAUACAUAAAUUUUAAAAUUAUACGAAAACAUUAUAAAACUGACUAAAGCAAGUAACAAUUUACAUACUAACGUGUAUGUUUCACAACCCUAGUCGUACUGUGAGGAACCAUUUGAUGUUAUUUAAAUGCAAAUAUAUAUUCAAUAAAUGAGAACUUGUCUACAAUU